AGAACCCCCCCCCCCCCCAUUCUUCAUUCAUGGAUGCUUGAAUGGUUCCUGGGUGGGAUGAAGUUGUUGAGUUGGAACGUGAACGGGUUGCGGGCUGCGGUGGUCUCUGGUGGGCUGAAGCAGCUGUUGGAUUUGUUGGGAGCGGACAUCAUCUGUUUACAGGAGACCAAGAUUACCCGGGACCUGCUGGAAGAGCCAUUGGCUAUAGUGGAGGGCUAUAACUCUUACUUCAGCUUCAGUCGCACCCGCAGUGGUUAUUCAGGUGUUGCUACUUUCUGUAAGGCCGAUGCCACCCCAGAGGCAGCUGAGGAGGGUCUGUCUGGGCUGUUCACCAAGCAUGAUGGAGCUGUCGGUUGCUACGGAAACACAGACAACUUCACACUCGAGGAGCUGCAGGCCCUGGACAGUGAGGGCCGGGCCAUGAUCACUCGCCACUGCAUUUGCACCUCAGAACAGCGGGAGACCACUCUGACAGUCAUCAAUGUGUAUUGCCCGCGUGCUGACCCGGAAAAGCCCGAACGUGGGGACUUUAAGUUGCGGUUCUUUCACCUUCUGCAGGCUCGGGCGGAGGCUCUCCUUAGAGCUGGAGGCCAUGUGGUUAUCCUGGGAGACAUCAACACUGCGCACAAGCCCAUUGACCAUUGUGACCCUGGAGAGCUGGAGUCUUUUCAGAAAAAUCCGGGGCGCCUUUGGCUGGACAGUUUUCUCUGGGAGCCAGGCAAGGAUUUCCAGAACAAGAAGCUCUUUGUUGAUACAUUUCGCUUUCUACACCCCAAUCAGGAAGAGGCUUACACUUGCUGGUGCAAUGUCACGGGGUCCCGACACCUCAACUAUGGCACGCGGAUUGACUACAUCCUGGCAGAUAGCACUCUGGUAUCAUUGGAGCUGGUGGAAGCCCAGGUCAUGCCAGAAGUGAGGGGCUCAGACCACUGUCCUGUACAAGCAAUGCUGAAAAGUGUCUGCCUGGCUGCUCCCUGCUGUCCACCCCUCUGCACCCGGUUUUUACCUGAGUUUGCCGGUACCCAGCAGAAGCUCAGCCGCUUCCUGGUGAAAGUGGAUCGGACUGGCUUGCCAGAGAAGGACCAGAAGCAAAGAGAGGCCAAGCCCCUCUAUGGGAGGAGCUCCAAGAAGGCACGGACUGGCCCGCUGCAAAAGGGACAAGGGGAUUUGCGCAGGUUCUUCAAAGCUGGAAGCCUCAGGGACAGUGAUGGUGCCGGGUGCCAAGCAUUCAUGCAUAGGGCAGCAGAAAGGAAUUCUGCGAAAGGAACAGUCAGUACAGAAAGGCCAGUUAACAAAUGCAGGUCAGAGAAAGUUGCUGGCAUGAGUGAGGAACAUCUGAGGAGUUUGGGAAAGGAGCCUGCUGCGGGUCUGAUCAGUGGGGAAGCUACGAACAGUGGUGAAGGUGUGGUUCCUUCCAGGUCAAAGCAGUCUGCUUCCCUAUGGAAAACCCUUUUGUCAGGUCCUGCUAAGCCACCUCAGUGCAAGGCCCAUGGAGAGCCCUGUGUCCUGCGGACGGUGAAGAAACAAGGGCCGAACUGUGGGCGACGUUUUUAUGUCUGUGCCCAGCCUUUGGGGAAGCCCUCUGAUCCCCGUGCCCGCUGCAACUUCUUCCUGUGGGCCGAUCAGGGGAAUCCAUGAAUUGAAAGGUGAGCAGUACUGAGAGGGUUUUCCAGGAAGCAUUCCAAAGAAGCAUCUGACUGGGGCAGGUUGGGCUUGCAGGAGGUCUACAUCCUUGAGGAAGAGGGAGCCAUCGCCUGUGACUUAGAAAGGCUUAGGCUCAAGGCUAGAUGCUCAGGAAUGCUCUGGCCAGGAACUUCUAUGGGCUUCUCCUCAAAGUGAGCCUGUGGAAACUCAGCAUAGACCAGCAGCUUACAUCCUCCCCAGAUCACUGGGGAUGGUGGAAACUGUAUCCCAGCAGGUCUGGAGGGUGCCAGGGUGAGGAAGGCUGGUCUACAAUUUUGCUAAGCUCUUUUGGUGGGGGUGCCAGCAGACUCCUUGGGAAUGUAGAUGCAGACUGCUCUGACUUGCCGCAAACAAGUGAAAUGAUACUGAUCUCUCAAGGGCUGCAGACUUUCUGGUGUCUACAGAAGUGCAGCAGUGCCAGUCAGCUGUGGGCUCCCAUUGCCUUAGGUGCAAAGAUUCUGGGGCAGUUUGCUUUUCUCCUCAUUUUCUACCUACAUGCCCCAGCUUUACCCAAAUAUAUUUCAACCUUACUGCUAGCAAACGGGCUCUCCUUUGGAAAAAGAAUCCUUUCUACUUUUUGAUAA